AUGGUUACCAACAGGUCCAGUGUAAUAUUCAGCCCACUACACCCUACUUUUGGAGCCGAAUGCAAGGGCGUAGACUUCUCUCAGCCAGUGUCUACAGGUACCAUUGACCAGAUCCGCACCGCGAUGGCCAAAUAUGGCUUCUUGGUCUUUCGCGGCACUGCCCUCAAUGAUGAGAGCCACACAGCCCUCGCGCGUCAAUUCGGCGAGCUGGAUGUCUCGACUGUGAUGCGGAAACCCGGAGUGCCGUAUCGACUCGGUCCGGAAAGCCUACUGACUGAUGUUGGGAAUGUGGACCACAAUGGCAAUGUCGACUCAACGACCAGUUUACGAGCGCAAGCGUUCCAGGGAAAUAACCUCUUCCACGUUGAUUGCUCCUUCAAUCACCGUCGGGCGGGAUAUUCUCUCCUCCGCGCACACCAGUUGCCUCCUUCGGGUAGCGCCGGCGGGACCGUAUUCGCCGAUACUCGGAGCGCAUAUACGGACCUGAAUGAGGCCAUGAAAGCUCAAAUCCAUGACUAUGUCUUGUGGCAUUCCAUACUGCAUAGUCGAACUUUGGCAGUCCCGGAUAACUGGACCUUCAAGAUCAUCGACUUAACCUUGGACUUGCAUGACCUCCGUCGCCUUCCCUGUCUCAUGAUUCUACUUCUAAUCACUCGCUUCCUGGGGUUUUGUGUUCGUCUGGCAGACACCACUCUGGUUUCAAUGUGCUUGUUCGUCCUGCUGCGGCUCCUUCUGUUGCGCCUAGCACCGGGUCCUUUGGCUGCGCGCGCCCCUCAUCGGCUGGUGCAAUUACACAAAUCGAGCAACCGGAUGAACUUGUACAUUGCGGCGCAUGCAUACCGUAUAGACGGAUGGACCAAGUCAGCUAGCAAGCCCGUGAUCGAGGCUUUAAUGCAGCAUGCGAGUCAGGAUAGAUAUACUUUUACGGUGGAUUGGCAGAACAAUGGCGAUCUGAUUAUAUGGGAUAACACGUGUGUAAUGCACCGGUCAUCCGGAGGCUCAUACCAGGGACAUUACGUCCGCGAUAUGCGAAGAGCCACCGUCUAUGACUCUGCUUGA